ACCCCUCUCUCGCUUUCCAUACCCCACAAUCCCUCUUACACAUACAUAGCUAGCUUCAAUUCCUCCCAUGGCAGACCCACAGCAACAAGACAACUACAUGAAGCGAAAGCCUUCCAAUUCCAAUGUUCUCGUCCUCGCCGCCCUCGUGCCUUUCGGCGUCUCUCUUCUCAUCCUCGUCGGCCUCACCCUCUCCGCCACCGUCAUCAGCCUCACCGUCGUCACCCCACUCUUCGUCAUUUUCAGCCCCGUCUUGCUCCCCGCGGCCCUAUUCAUCGCUCUCGCCGUCGCCGGCUUCCUCACAUCCGGAGUCUUCGGCAUCACCUCCAUCUCUUCCUUUGCUUGGUUAGCCACCAAUCUCCGCCGCUCACACUCACCGGAACACCCGCAACGUCCUCGGGACGACGCGGACCGCGUGGCCCAGAAAACCGAUGAAGCCGUGCGUCAGGCCCAGGAAACAGUCCAUCAGGCCCAAAAAGAGACCGCAACCAAGGCCCAGAAAGACAUUAGUGAAACAAGAAAAGCCCACAAAGAAAGCGUAGCAACCUCGUGAGUGAGUUUGUUCGGUUAUGCUAUGGCCACGAAGGAGUCAUGUUCAUGAGGGAGGCUUUUGCUUAAUGCACUCCCAAAUUGUUUCCUGCACUUCCUAUUUCAUUAUGAAAAGUUCAUUCUGAAAUGCAACUCCUAUUUUGGAAUAAGCUUUUCAUAAUACAACAGGAAGUGCAGGGAGUAACAAUAGGAGUGCGGAAAGUUUUAACCCAUGAAGGAAAAGAGGGUUUCCUUAGUGUAACUAUUCUAAAGCCUGCUUUACUGUGGAUUGUGAUGUCAAAGUGUUGGUAUUAGUAUGUAGUAAACCUAAACCUAGUGUGUUGUAUGCAAUAGAGUUUAAAUGCAAUGCAAUGCUUAUGCUUUCCAAUUACUGUUACUUAAUUUGUAAAGUGUACUACACUUCAAUUUCAAUUUUAGUUGAUUGA